AUAAUUCGCACGCAUGGGGCGAGUGGAUUAGCGAAGCUGAAGACAGGCUUCCUCCUCGUCCCGACAGGUUCCCGAAGAAGAAAAAGUUUUUGUUCGACAAAGUUCUCCGGGCGUCUACGUCCAGCGAGAAAGAUAUAAACGGAUCUACUGCAGCCGCGCUAGGGCAUCAACAUCAAGAUGAUCAUAAAGUAGAUGCUGCAACGACUACAAAAGUAGAACCCCCUAGCGGAGGAGGUGCUUCUAGUUCCAGUUCUACUGCUGAAGAUACGAAGACGCCCGCUCCACCUUAUCAGGAGCAACAGCGGCAUUACAACCACUUCCUUCUGCAAGAGGACGAGGCAACUACCCUGUUGAAGAAUCAGUGGUCCCAGGCGGAAACAUAUGCAUUGCAAAAGCAUCGUACUCGUAGUGAAGAUUGCGUUUUAUGCAUCACAAAUCUCUUUCUCAAGGUGAAUCAGGAUUACAAAUUUAAUUUGUAACGCUGGGCUAAUUUGUAAUGCAAUUUAUCCUAGUGCGAUGCUUUUGCAAGGCAUAAAACAAUACGCAAAACGUCCAUCUGCCGCGUUUUCCCGCCCGUCAUAGACGAGGAACCACGGGUGCGGAAGGAUUACAUACUAUGACUUGCACAAGUAUCGUACUCAUCGUGUAACAGUAUUAAUGCAUUACAAAUUUCCUCAGCAUGAGCAGAAAAAAAAAUUGUAAUGCGGAUUAAUCUUAAGAAAAAAAAUUUGUAAUGCGUGACUGCAAUUAAUACGAGCGCGACACUUUUGCACAGGAUACAUCCCGCUGGAUUACUACUUUAAUGAAUUUUUCGGCCCGGGUAUCCUGAGUAAAAACGUCCCCACACCAGAGUUGUAAUGCAGAUUUGCAAAGACAGGAAGACUUGUAAUGCGCAUCCCCAUGAGAGCCAUUUCCAAUCGUGUUCUGGAAUUUGUGAUGCUGUGAACAGGAUGAGCAGAUAAGUCUGUGACGCGGCUGCACUCGCUAACCUGCACUACGCUGCGAAGUGCAACUUGUCAUGCGUGACUCACAAAACUCCUAGGCUUGUGUUGCAAAAUCCCCAUCCUGACUCUGGUGUGGGGACGUGUUUACUCAGGAUAGCGGGCACCAUGAACGUUGGCAUCGAAGAGCUACAGGGGCGGUGGGGGCAUGUUGCUUCUUCGGCCGACGUUCUUCACGCAGCGAUUUUUCGCGACAACAUCGAAGAUGCUGG